AUGGAAAUUCAGAAUCCAUUUCAAAUUGUCUGGCAAAAGUUAACAUCAACAAAUUUCACUGAUUUUCUUCUCGCUAGAUUCUCUCAAUAUGGUACUAAUUUGGCUAUGGUAUGCCAAGCUGUAUUUGCACAGAUGGCAUGCUCGUCCAUUGGCUCGGUGGCCGUUUCGAUUAAUGGAUUUUUGACAGUCGAUGAUAUUUGGCAGCAAGUUGACCUAAGUGAAUCAACGCAUGCCAUAACUGAACCACAGUUCUUAACCAAAGUUGAGGAAGUUAAACGAAAAGCAAUCAUGCGUGGUGGAAGUCGAAUUAAGGUAGUUGCAUUACUGGAGGAUAUUUUGAGCGAUGUAAAGCUAAGAAAAGAAGGAUUCACAUCAAUCACAAAACUCAGACCGUCGGCAAUGCAACAACAACUCGCAAACAGUACCAUUUCAGUCAAUCUGUCAACCAUUUCAACUGGCGCCACAAAUAUUAAUACUACUAGUACCAUUUCCCCUCAACAAUCUACACUUAUCGAUUCAUCACCUACUUUCGAAAAUCAACAACAACAAUAUUCUACACCUGAAUCACCAGUUGUCGUUAUAUUAAAAAGCAGCAUAUUGUCAUCAAUUGCUAUUUUCACAUAUAAAUUGAAGGAUAACACCACUCGCAAUGAAGAGGAUAGUGAUCAGUCAGCAAACGACAAUCAGUCUCGUCCAGCCGUAACCAACUUAUCAAAAACGUCCACCAAUUUUCUAUCACCAUCUUUAUCAUCAACACCAUUAUCCAAACAAACGAUAUUUUUAUUUUUCUCAUCAGGUACAACUGGUCUUAAUAAAGCUGUUGAAAUAUCCAAUCUAUCAUUCAUUAUUAAUAUACAACAAAUCAGUUGUCCCAUUUAUGGUCCACCAACUGCGAAGGAACGAUUUCUUUUGGUACUAUCGCUACAUCACAUCUUCGGUUCACUCUCAGCAUAUUAUGCACUUGCUAAUGGCGCAACACUAUAUUUCUUAAGCAGAUAUACGGCAAAAAAUUUUCUCGAUUCAAUUGAACAGCAUAAAAUCAAUCUAGUGCAUGUGACGCCACCAAUGGUUCAAAUGUUAGCUUUUGAUCGGUUGGUCGAUGGACGCAACUUGAGUUCGUUGCGAACAAUUAUUGUGGCUGGUGCACCAAUGGAUGCCAACACGCUUGCGACUUGUAAAGAGAGACUUCAAAUUGAAGAUUUGAGACAAGCAUAUGGCAUGACGGAAAUGGGCGGCUUAUGCACAUUGUCACACUUUGGUUGCAAUAAAUUAGCAAGUGUUGGUAUACCUUUGCCGGGAAUGUUGGUAAAGGUUGUUAAUUAUGAAACCAAGGAGCUAUGUCAACCAAAUCAACUCGGUCAGUUAUUCGUGAUGGGACCACAAGUACUUCCGACAUUCUAUAAGAACCCGAAAGCUAACAAUGAAAUCGUUGAUUCUUUGGGAUAUCUUAAAUCCGGUGAUGCAGCCUACUACGACGAAGAUGGCUAUAUUUAUAUUUUGGACCGACUCAAAGAUCUUAUCAAGUACAAAACAAUCCUAGUAUGCCCAUCUGAAGUUGAAAGUAUACUCCGAAGUCAUCCGGGAAUCGAUGACUGUGCUGUGGUUGGUCGACAGGAUCACGUUUCUGGUGAGGUACCGGCCGCUUUUGUCGUCAAGAAUGCACAAUAUCAACUGUUAUCAUCAGCCGAAGUAAGGCAACAUGUUGCAGGUAAGAUCGCUCAAUUCAAAGAGCUUCGUGGCGGGGUCUUCUUUGUGUCGGAUAUUCCACGUAGUGUGUGCGGUAAGGUUCUUCGAAGACAACUGAAACAGUACUGGGAUCGUGAGCGAACGGCAAGUCGAGAUAAUCUGCUACUGGGCCAGGGGAUUGGUUCUGGCUCGGGCCCAUCCACUCCAGAUAGCAGCAUAAGUCAUAAGACGAUGAUACGACGUACAACAACCAUUGCUAAUAUCACUACAACACCAACAAAAAACAUUAAUUAUAAUAACACCAAUAAUAAUAAGAACACUACGGACAAAAAUAAGAGUGAUACGAACAAAAAUGUGAACCAACGAGAACGUCGUAGCACCUCGACAAAAUCAUCGCAUAAUUCAUCAGCAUCGCGAUUCAACAAACAACAACACUUCAGUGAUACACAACGAAAAAGCUAA